UGACGGUCACACUGCAAACAACAUUGCGAGCAUCCAUUAUUAAAAAAGCCUAAAUUUUGUAUUUAGCUUGAAUAUAUAUUAAAAUAAAUCUAUUUCAAUAUGGCUAAACAUCAUCCUGAUUUAAUUUUCUGUCGCAAACAGCCUGGCGUGGCUAUUGGCCGGCUUUGCGAAAAGGACGAUGGGAAAUGUGUUAUUUGUGACUCUUAUGUGCGUCCAUGCACUUUGGUGCGCAUCUGUGAUGAGUGCAACUAUGGCUCGUAUCAGGGACGCUGCGUGAUAUGUGGCGGUCCUGGAGUCUCUGAUGCCUACUACUGCAAAUCCUGCACUAUACAAGAGAAGGAUCGCGAUGGCUGUCCCAAGAUCGUCAAUCUAGGCAGCUCAAAGACAGAUUUGUUCUAUGAGCGUAAGAAAUAUGGAUUCAAGCAAAAUUAUUAAAGACUGGGAUGGCGGAAUAAUAUUAAUUGAAGGGAACGAUCAAUUAAAUCUAACAAAAUUCCACAACUAGCUAAAAAGAUGUAAGAUGCUUAUUGAGCCCAUUAUCAGAUGUAGUUAGAUUAUUUCCCGGCUAGUCGAAAGGACUUACAUUUAAUCAAUUGGCAAUCGCAAUUGAUCCCUACUGAUGACUGCUCCACACACAUAUAAAUAUAUCUAUGUUU